AUGGAGGAGCUGAAGACUGUCGGAGAUCUGAACACAGAGUACCCACUUUCACAGCUAGCGAUUUGCGUAGGAUUUUUCUUCGUUUAUUUCCUUGAAGAAAUCUCACAUUGGGCCAUAACCAGAAUCCCAGACAAAGAAUGUCAAGCUUCUAAGAAAAUCAAUAAUUUUACUAGAUCUGCAGUAGCACCAAUCAAUAAGUCUGUUAGAACCUCUCCAAUUAAAGCAUUUGUUAUAGAAGAGCAGUAUGAAAAAGAACUGAAUAAAGAAGAUAAUGAAAGUAAACCUGUGGACGAAGAUGAAGAUAGUAUAAGCAAGCUAAAGCAAGGCUUAAGUAUUGACGAGGACCACGAGAAUAUAGUGUACGACUCGUUGAGUUUAAAUUCAGAGGUAACACGACAAAAUGAAAAGAAUGUACAGCUUAGUAAAGAAUACGACAAAGAAAAUCAUGACGAAACAGCUGAAGAAAAAAUGGAAGAAGAAAUCAAAUCUAAACAGCAGAUCAUGCGUGGUAUACUCACUGUGGUAGCGUUAUCGUUUCAUGCAGUAUUCGAAGGUUUAGCCAUAGGUCUACAGAAAGCUACUGCUGACAUAUGGUACCUUUUCAUAGCAGUUUGCAUCCAUUCAGCUACUAUAUUAUUUUGCAUAAGCUUAGAAAUGGUAAUAGCUAAAGUUAACUUCAAGGCAAUAUGCAUGCAUUCAAUAGGUUUAGCGAUUUCUAAUCCAUUAGGGCUAUGUGUACUGAUCUUCGCAGCUAGCUACGUAGAUAAUAGGGUAAUAAAUAAAAGGAGUACAGAUAGUUCCAUUAAAGGAUACUUGACUGAGAGAAUAUGUUGGUGGAACGAGAUAUGUAAAGAGGAAUUCCGAAGCCAAUUUCGCUGCAAGUGCCCGGAAUGGUCUUAUUGUCGAGCCCCCGGCAAAUAUUACAACGCUUUCUGUACCAUGACCACGACUGGAUAUAUUUGGCAACAGCCUGGAUGGAGAGAAGCAGCUGAAAGCCAAAACUAG